CAAAAAAAGUGCCUUUAACCGAAAACUCGUGGGUCUGUGGGUCCCUGCUCUUGGAGAGCAUCCCCGUGUCCCCAGCGUAGAAGUGGUGGGAUUUUACGAGGCCGCCCUAAAGCCGCGUACUCUGUUCCUGCUGGCAUGCUUCUCCUCCUCGGGGAUGUGUGUUAACUCUUUAGGGUACGCGUGGAGUAGCGUUUCCUCGGCAAAGGUUUAAGUUUGUUUUAUCAUACAAGUUCCUCCCUGCCAUAAUGAGGCUAGUAAUUCUUGAAGAUUAUGAUCAGGCUAGUGAAUGGGCAGCCAAAUACAUCUGUAAUCGUAUUAUCCAGUUCAAGCCAAGUCAAGGAAGAUAUUUCACGCUUGGUCUACCAACAGGGAGUACACCUUUGGGAUGCUACAAAAAGCUGAUAGAAUAUCACAAAAAUGGAGAUCUCUCUUUCAAAUAUGUAAAGACUUUCAACAUGGAUGAGUAUGUAGGGCUUCCCAGAAAUCAUCCAGAGAGCUAUCACUCCUAUAUGUGGAAUAACUUCUUUAAGCAUAUUGACAUAGAUCCGAAUAAUGCUCACAUCCUUGAUGGAAAUGCACCAGACUUACAGGCGGAAUGUGAUGCAUUUGAAAAGAAAAUUGAAGAAGCAGGGGGGAUUGAUCUGUUUGUUGGAGGCAUUGGUCCAGAUGGCCACAUUGCAUUCAAUGAACCCGGAUCAAGUUUGUCUUCAAGGACAAGAUUAAAGACUUUAGCGAUGGACACCAUUUUGGCAAAUGCUAAAUACUUUGAUGGAGACUUAUCUAAAGUACCAACUAUGGCGCUAACAGUUGGUGUGGGUACAGUGAUGGAUGCUAGAGAAGUAAGAACUCAUUUAGUUCUAGUUGCAUGUGUGUUUUCAAGAUUAGUUGGUAUUGAUACUGGGAUUGGAAGUAAAGAGACCUUUGUUUUGCAGGUGAUGAUUCUUAUAACGGGUGCACACAAGGCUUUUGCAUUGUACAAAGCAAUUGAAGAAGGUGUCAAUCAUAUGUGGACAGUUUCUGCUUUCCAGCAACACCCUCGCACUAUCUUUGUGUGUGAUGAAGAUGCUACUUUAGAACUAAGAGUUAAAACUGUGAAGUACUUUAAAGGUUUAAUGCAUGUGCACAAUAAGCUUGUGGACCCACUGUACAGUAUGAAAGAAAACUGAAAGAAGACUGAAGAGGAACUCCAUGUGGGUCAGCAGCCACAGUUUUAGGUAGCAGAUGAGUUCACUGCUAUGCAAUAUGCUGAAAACUGUUUAAAAUGGCAAAUCCUAGGUACUGUAUUUUUAAAAAGGUCCAAUAUCUGUACAUUCACAUUCCAUCUGUUUGCUGUGUUGUGCAUUUUGCUUUAACAUUUGGAGCUCUGCUGUUGGCUGGUUCAUCACUAAAUGAAACACAACAAACUUGGGAGAGACUGCAUGUUACGUAGAUAGGGGAAAAGCAGAGCACUUGCUCUAGCACAGCUAUGUAUUGCAUCUGCCUUAUGUUAGAGAUGAUGACACUUCAUUUCUCAGAAUUCUUAAUUUUUGGCUUGGUUAGUGUAACUACAUUUUGCAUUUGUGUCUCUAGGCAGAAAGGUUUUGGCCUUUGUUAAUACUAUGGACUUGUAAUAGUUGUACAAUUUCUACUAUGAAAUGUUCUGUUUACAUAUAUCUAAUGUACACUGAGCUUUUGCACUUGGUUGCCUUAAAUUUGUCUUAAACAGUUUUUGGGCAUCUCAAGACCUGCUGUAUAUUUCAGGCAAAUGAAGAUACAGAAACUGUGCCUAAAAAUGCACCAAAUUCUUCAAAGUUACAACUUGCUCCUUGGAUAAAAACAUUAAACUUCCAACAAUAGCACUUUUUCCUCUCAUGUACUUCAAAUCACUUUAGGAUUUUUGUAUUUUUGGUAAUCAAGCUUUAUACAGAAGGAGAAAUCUCAAUGUUCCUUCCUGGAGGUACCUGGUCGAUUAUAUAACUGAUGUUACAAUUAAAUGCCUGAAAAGAGGUUAAUUUACAGGACCUCUAAUGUCUGCAAAUGAUCAUUUAAAGCCAGCUGUUAAUCACUUUUUCAUUGUAUCAUUAUAAGCAUUGAGCUGUUACAAGGAAUGUUAUUUCCCACUUUGAAUAUAAGUAAAACUUAAAUAUAAA